UGAAGGUUUCCCCUCAUUGCUUUGCUUGUUCGUUCUUUUCAUGGGUCUUUUAUAGACAGCCAUGUCGCGCGCCUCGGAUGCUGGUGCAGAUACCGGCGACUCUCCUUCGCUGGCGUGGAGGGCCUCGUCCUCUGCGACUAUCUUGGGGGUAUCGGCGUUAUGUCGGGCUUUCUUGUAUACAUUGAGUCGCCCUGAAACGCAUGGUCUGGACUCGUUCCUGGAGAUCCUCGACUCGCGACAAGAUACAACAAAGAGGACGAAGGGAUUGAUCACAGUCUCCAACCAUAUCAGCGUCAUGGAUGAUCCGUUAAUAUGGGGGUUUCUUCCCCUGCGGUAUAACUUUGGCCUAGCCUCUUCGAAUAAGAGAUGGUCGUUCGGCAGCUACGAUAUCUGCUACCAGACUCGGCCCCUGUCCUGGUUCUUCACCAUGGGCCAAGUGCUGCCUACACACCGCCUCGCUCACUCGCCUUUCGGUGGGCUCGCACAGCCCGCCGUAACGCAGGCAAUCCGACUCCUGUCGAAAGGUCCUUUUCCUGCAGAGCCCCACCUGGCCCGACCCGAACGCCAGCAUUGGAGCAUGCAGAACGUCUGCGUCGAUCCGUUCUCCGAGCUGUCCACCGCGUAUACGACGGACGGCGUGGACUCCCACCUGGCGCCGACAGCCUACUCCUGCAACUCAUACUCCUGGGUCCAUAUCUUUCCCGAGGGCAAGAUCCACCAGGCGCCCAACAAGACCAUGCGCUACUUCAAAUGGGGCGUUGCGCGACUGAUCUUGGAGCCCAGCGAAUGCCCUGAUGUCGUGCCCAUGUGGCUCGAGGGCAUCGACCAGGUCAUGCACGAGAGUCGCGAGUUCCCGCGCUUCCUCCCGCGGCCCGGCAAGGACGUGAGCAUCACAUUCGGGAAGAUGGUGGACACCGAGUCGAUGUUCGGGGAAGCCCGGCGCAAAUGGCAGGCGAUCAAGGCGAAGGCCGAGAAGGCGUCACCGGAGAGUCGGGAUCUCCCGCUGGGCGUCCUCAGCGACGAGCUUCUCAACGGGCGGGAGGCCGUCGAGCUGCGGAAGGAGGUGACGAAGAAGGUCCGCGAUCUGGUCCUGGAUGUUAGGCGGUCUAGAGGCUUGCCCGACGAGGAUCCUAAGGAGGGUCUGGUCGAGACUUGGAUUCGCGAGGGUCCAAAGCGCGAAGGCAAGAUGCGCGAUGAUUCCUGGAUCCGGGAUAUAUAGGUCCGUGUUCCUGGCUGUUGCACAUGUAAAUUACUUGUUAGAUAUACAUAGAGCUGUAUAGCAUCAAAAUG